CAACGGAUUAGUAAGCUGAAGUGACAAUGGGCCGGCCAUAUAGCUCGAAGAACCGACAGCCGAUGGGGAAAAAAGGUACUCGAGUGGCAGCUUCGUUCCGGCGGACGAAGUGUAGGGCGUCCCCCCACUAGAUGGAAUGACGACCUGGUAAGACAUACAGGAAGUCGAUGGAUGCAGGUGGCUUAGGACCGUGUUUUGUGGCAUUCCUUGGGGGAGGCCUAUGUUCAGCAGUGGACUUGUGAAGGGCUGUAAUGAUGAUGAUGAUGAUAGAUAUAAGAAUAUCCACUACCCCUUAUCAUCCCGUGUGUGUCGUAGAGGCGACAGCAAGAAACAAAUCAGAAGACGUGCAGCAGCGUAUUCCUACUAAAAUAAAAAUAAAAUUGUGUUGCCAAGCGUGGCAACUAUGGCAAAUAUCCCCGUAUGAGGCAAUAUAUGCGGGAGGCCUAUGUUCAGCAGUCGACUUUAAUAGGCGCUAACAAUAACAAAAUAAGCGUCGUAACGAAAAAAAGGAUAAACAUUAGCAAUCAAUUAAAUAAAAAAAACAUGGUCUGGUCUGUUUCCACUAACUUCCCAUUUGUUUCAUAUUUUAAAGUUCAAUUUUUUUGGUUUUUGAAUCAGCUUCUUCAGAAUAAAUGCAGUUUCAAUUAGCACAAUACAAGGCACGUAAAGGUUUUUCUACUCUGAUCUAUUAUUCUGUACAAGAUGGCUUUUGUAGUAGAGUUAUUAAUACAUUUUAUAUUUACACUGUAAAAUGUCCAGACUGAAUUCGGAGUGAAACUGAAACAUUAAACUCCUGCCGUGGCAGCUAACUAUAAAUUAAAGGGAAAGAAACUUACUUCACUACUAUUUUUUUUAUUUCAGGUUUACUUUGAUCUUAUAGAUUAUCUUACGCUAAUGAAGGAAAUGUUUAAGUACUGUAAGGCAGUUUUCUUGCAGAGGCUUUGUUUAGUUAGGUGUUGUUGUAAAGUGAAAUGUAUCUUCACGAUUGUUUGAACUUUUUGUUAAAUUCUAUAUAAGUCAAAGACUUGUACUUGUACUCGAGCGGCGAUUCAGAAUAAAAACCGUGUGACAGCUGUGGAUCGCGGGUAGCCGGCACGGUAAAUAUGCUGGUUACGGUGGCAACCAUGGCAACGGCGGGGCAGGGGUUGUUAAGGAUCUCCGGUGGAGCUUUGGUUGCCAACUAAGACGACUCCACCUGGCUACAUUUAACGCACGUACCCUGACGACUGACGAGGAGAUCCUGGAGCUGGAAGAAGAGAUAGAUAAGUUGCGCUGCAAUAUUAUAGGAUUAUCUGAGGAGGAGAGGGGAAGAGAGAAAAAUGAGGCCUUAUCAUUUAUAUGUCAUUUAUUCAGAAGAAAAACCUAUACAUAAUAUACACAUAUAUUGAUACAUUCGUUUUAUUAUAAUAUUUUAUAAUUGUAUUUAAGUGAUUCUUUGCAUAUAGAAUGUCACUUAAAUAUAACUUAAACAUUUCGUAAAAAUCAGCCAAGUACAAUUUCUUUCAUUUUAAUAUUGAAUGCUGGGUUACUGGGUAAAAUAAUUGAAUUCUAAUUGCGGACCUGUCUUUUUGUUAUUUUUUAUGAGGUUUACUUGACGAUAGAUGGCGGCCUGUUCCCAAAAUUAAUAUGAAAACUAAAUAUAUUAAAAUAUUAUUUUGGCGAUUAAAAUUUCUUUGUCUGAAUGUAUUUGCUUCAUGAGAUAGACGCUCCGAUGCUAUGGAUGGCAUCACAUUUCAUUUGUAAGUAAUUUUACACCUAAUUUAUUAAAAUAGUUCUAGAAAAAUCUCUUUGCGUCGGCUUUGAAAUAUAAUUAAAUAUAUUCCACACUAGAUGGCGACACUUUGUGUCCUCUUAACUAAAAAUAUAAAGGUACGUAGAGCUCAGUAAUGACAAAAUAAUCAUACGAAGGUGCUGAAAUUUGUUUUGCAUUCAGAUAUAAAAAAAAUUUAAUCGCCAAAAUAUUAUUUUUAUAGUUUAUAACAUUUUGUGGACAUGCCGCCAUCUACCGUCAAGGUAGCUAAGGUACAUUGCAACAUCGAUAUGGAAAGAUUCGAGUACUUUUACUAUUUAUCGGUAGAUGUAGAUAAUGUAAAGUGGGCGGAGCUUUGCAUCCCUUCACCCCGCAAAUUGUCACGCGUUGUUACAUAGUGAAAUUUAAUUACAACGUCUCCUCUCUGUAUUUGCUUCAUGGUACAACCAUUUAUCGAUAAAUGAAACAAAGUUUUAAAAUUUAUAGAUUAUUAUUUAUUUUAAUCAACAUAACAUUCUUCUUAUUGGAUAUUAUAACUAGAUUUAAUCAAUCUUAAUUUUCAUUAAUCACAUUGCACUUAAUCAGCGUUAAUUCUCUUCAUAAAACUAAUCAAUAUUCAGGAGAUGGGCAUGGACCUUGAUCUAAUAUAUGUAGCUCGUUCCGAGCGUUAUAUAUCAAAUUUGUUAUGUCCAUAUACACUUGCGAUCGAAUCUCGUAUGGGACUGACUCCAUUUCAAAUGGAAUUAAUGUACCAAAAUGCUCAUUUCGAGGAUCUUCUGGUCUUUGAUUAAAGAAUCUUGAAGCGGGCAAACUUAUAUAAGCUGUGUAGUCAUCUUUUUCCGAUUUCACAUAGCAUAUGUAAUGAUUUUCGGUCUGCGUUGACCUACUUUUUUUGGAAAUUUUUCUUUUUAUUUACUUUUUCGGUCGAAUAGAUGGCGAUAACGGCGGCGAUUCAUCACUUUUUGACAUGAUGAUUCUACUCCAUAUACUAGAAGAUUAUUUAUGUUCCUGUAAAGGCUUUGUCAGACAGGACGCGUAUUUUAGCGCUUCGUAGUAGCGUUAUAGCGUCCCGUUUUAACGUCGCGCGAGGCUUCGUCAAACAGAACGCUUUAGCGCGCGUUAGGGCGCUGACUCGAUGACACGAUGAUGAUGACGGCGUCGCCAUUUCGCCAUUCGCCAAAGCGUAGUGCAGAUCGUUAGCAGAUUGAAGAGUUUGUUCGUUAUGGAGAUGUCGAGUGAUUCAGAUGUGGAAGAAUUAUUACUUUUAUAUGCUUUAUCACGGUCACAGAGAAAAAGAGUAUGGGUGCACGACAUCAAUCAAAAGAGAAAGGAUUUAGGAGAAUAUCAUCGUUUGUGUCGUGAGCUUGCAUCACAUGAAGAUCGUUUUUUUACAUACUUUCGUAUCUCUCAAGAUUUAUUCGAAGAACUACAUGAACUGCUCAUCCCAAUAAUAAGCAAAUGUACCACAAACUGGAGGACGCCUAUUUCUACAAGAGAAAGACUUGUAAUCUGUCUAAGGUACUUAGCUACGGGUGAUUCACAACAGACCAUAGCCUUCUCCUUCCGAGUAGGUCGUUCAAUAGUCGGUGGUAUUGUAAAAGAAGUCUGUACAGAAAUUUGGAAUACAUUACAACCAGAAUAUAUGCCAUCGCCUACUGAAGAGACAUGGAAACAAUCAGAAAAGGGUUAUAGGGAAACCUGGAACUUCCCGAAUUGUGUCGGUAGUAUUGACGGGAAACAUGUCUCUAUAAAGUGUCCCAAAAAUAGUGGAUCAGAAUAUUUUUGCUACAAGAAGUUUUUUUCUGUAGUUCUUCUUGCUAUAGUCGAUCCGUGUUACAAAUUCACCGUCAUAGAUGUCGGUAGUUACGGGCGGCAUAGUGAUAGUGGUAUAUUCGAGAACUCAAUAUUUUAUCGGCAAUAUAUCCACGGAAAAUCUCUGCUGCCAGAUAAACCUCUUCCAGGCACCGAGGAGCCCGUACCUCAUGUACUUAUCGGCAACGAAGGUUUUGCUUUAAAAACAUAUUUGAUGCGUCCAUUCCCAAGAGCCUUAGCUACACAAGACGAAAGAAAAACAAAUUUUAAUUAAAUACAAUACAAACAAUAAAAUUUAAUCAAUAAACGAUUUUUUUAC